AUGUCAACAACCAACAAAUAUGAUCGUUAACUCCGUCUUUGGGGUCCCCAAGGUCAAAAACAUCUCUCUGAAAGUAAACUAUUAAUAUUAAAUGCCCAUCCAUCAUCAACAGAAGCCCUAAAGAACCUCGUCCUACCCGGCUGUGGUUAUUUUACAAUAGUAGACAAUCAAAUACUGACCGAAAGAGACUUAGGAACCAAUUUUUUUUGCUCUCCAGACUAUUUGAACCACCCCCGAGGUCUUUCUAUUACCAAAAAUCUGAUAGAAAUGAACCCAGAAGAUGUAAAAGGCGAUUAUAUAAACGAAGACCCUCUAAAAAAAUGCCUAGAAGACUCUUUUAUUGAGAAUUACGAUUUAAUAAUUGCUUCUAAUUUUCCACGAAAAACCCUUAUUGAAUUAUCCGAAAAAUAGCUUUCUCAUGUCCCUUUUUUGGUCAUUUUAGCCAAACAUAUAUAAAUAUAUUAAUAAAACAACAACAAUCAGCCGCCUUAAACUUUCCAGGAAAAAAUAAACUUCAAAUAAUAAAUAAGGGACGAAAUGAAAAAAUACCUGUUACCAAAAGAUUAAGAAAACUACGAAGAAGCCAUAAAAUAUUCAUACUGGGCUUGUAAAAACAACUAGGAAAUUCCAGAAAAUCUACAAAAAAUUUUCCUUUUAGAAGAAUAAAUUUCCAUAGACAAUAAAAAUAAAUUUUGGCUUCUAGUUAAAAACCUUAAACUUUUUCUAAAAGAAAAUAAUAAUUAUAUGCCUAUAUAAAAGACUAUUCCUGAUAUGAAAUCAACCUCCUAAUGGUAUAUUGAAUUAAAGGAAAUUUACGUCAAUAAACAUAAUUAAGAUAAAAUUAAGUUUUUAUAAAUUUUAAAUAAGAAUUUUCCUUUAGUUACUAUUGAUAAUGAAUUUGUGGAAACUUUUUUAGAAAACAUCUACAGUUUAGAAGUUAUUAAUUAUAAUCCUAUAUAUAAAUAAAUUACUAGUCCUUAAUAAAUUGAAAAUAAUGAAAAUUUAAAUCAUAUAUGGUUUGUUUGCUUAUAAAGUUCAUUAGUAUUUUAUUCUUAAUAUGGAAAAUUUCCAGGUCCAGGAGAUGAAAAUUAAUUAAAUUAAAUUAUAUAAUAAUAGAAAAAAUAUGUAUUUAAACUAAAUGAAGAUAUAGGAAUAGAAUUUAUACAGGAAAUUUGUAGAUAUGAAGGGGCUUAAUUACAUAAUAUUGUAGCCUUUUUAGGAGGGAUUGUAGCUUAGGAAAGCGUUAAAUUAAUCACUGAGUAAUUUUUGCCUAUUAAUAAUACUUUUAUUUUUAAUGGAAUUACUUGUGAAGGACUUACUAUAGAUCUUUGA